CGGCAGAGUGCUCCCGCGCUUCGUCCCGCUCCGUGAGCGACUAGAAGUUGUGGCAGUUUUUUGCAUGAGUGUAAGCGAAGGCUCCUUUAUCGUUGAAAGCUGUGCAAAAAGUUGGCGCUUUUCGUUGUCGUGUAUAGGUUAGGUGAUAAAAGAUUUUUGUGGGUGAAGGCGGAACGUCGUGGAAAGCGGUUGACAGUCCAGCAAGAGCGGACGGGGAAGCCAUGGUGGAUCCACAUGCCGAGCAAGACAAGAAAGAUGCCAAGUACGAUCCAAUUUCCAGAAAAGGCCUCAGCCAUGUAACAGCCGGUGCGAAUCACGAGGCGGUAUCCGUGGACUUUUUUAUAUCUGGGAGAGCAUUGUCUUAUCGAAUUUUGCCUGUGCGUGGAGGGGAAGGUAGGGUCCUUGAUCCGUUCACGCUCUCGGUCCCUUAUGAGAGCAUUACGAUCCGAAAUUUAUUUACCGUUACGCACGAAGAAAGUGGAAAGCAGGUUGACUACAUUGCGAGCGCCUUUGUCUGCGAUGGUUGCGAGACACCGCCGGAACAUUGCAUCACAAAGUACGAGCUUGCGAUCAGUUCGGAGAGUCCUUUUGAGAAUUCCUUUCGCCUCGAUGAGUGUUUUAAUCUGAAGGACGAAGGGCAUUAUGUUAUAAGCGCCAAAUCGUGCGUUUUUGAAAGUCGCGAAAGUACACCCACCACCCCAAGUUCUAGGCGUGCUUCCGCGAUAUAUGGCCGAUCCUGCUCUUUUUUCUACGACUGUCGGCGUCCAAAAACGCCAUCCAGUGCGAGGAAGAUGGAACUGGAAGAGAAGAUUCGUAAAGAGGCGUCGGCACAAAAUGAGAGCGCGAAGUCACAGAUUACAAAACGGCGAGCCAUCGGGGAGUGGCACUCCAUAUGGCAUGUGCCUGAUGACAUGGGCCUCUCCGAUUGCCUCACCAACCUUUAUUAUGGAAAAAGUACAGGAUCAAUUGAGGAAAACGCGAAGCUAUUGUCCCAAGUGCACGAUUUGAGUGAUGAGUACAAGUGUGCCAUUGCUGCAAAAGACAAAGAUAUGCUGUCGACGCUGGCGAUGGAGCGAGACAUCGACCUUCAUACUAUGUUCUACAAAUACAUGAAGCAUGAUCCGGAGACGAAAUUGCUCAACGCGUACAAGCAAUUUCUGAGAUCUUUGAUGGGAACAUUCUUCCCGGAUGAAAAAUGGGUCCUCUAUCAAGCGAUGCCGAAUAUACGGCUUCACCUUCCCGGGUCGACUACCAUCCCGCCACACCGAGAUCAGGACAUUGGAAAGGACCGCACUCCGCAUCCUGCGGGAGAGCAAAACUUUAUUUUCAUGUUCUCGAAAGCCCAAAAGACUUCUGCGAUGAUUUUGGAGGCGAAUCCAGGGCGCGGCGAUUGGAUUUUCAUGGAGCAAGAGCCCGGAGAGCUCCUUCACUUCUGCGGAAAUCGUUGCGUCCACAUGAACGCCAACAACGAAACUGGCAUGACGCGUGUGAGCUUCGACUUUCGAUGCAUCUCCCUGCAGAACUUCUACAUGCAUCAGAAACAGUUCGAGACUCGAACGAAUGCGCAAAGGGAUACGUACGCACUGGUUCCCGGCUCGUAUUAUGAAGUGAUGCAGCUGUCAGAUUCAAUUAUGCAAAUGCGACCCAACUUCGGCGACGAAGAAGCGCAAGCGCUCGGGGAGUACAUGCGGUCGGAUGCUUUUCUAACCGAGCACAGCAAGGCCCGAGAAUUGGAGAAGAUGUUGUGUCAAUUCAUUGGCUGUAAACAUGCAGUGCUAAACUGCAACGGCACUCUCGCUAUUUCUAGCGCCUUGAAUGCCCUCGGGAUCGGACCGGGAGACCAAGUUCUGGCUCCCACCUACACGAUGGUCGCAACCGCAAACUCGGUCCGCCUCCUCGGAGCGAUUCCCAUUUUGGUCGAUGUAGAUCCCGAAACGGGCACGAUCACGCCUGAGAUCGUUGCGCCCUAUUUGGAUCCCGCAUCGGGUUUCGAUAUUGCUGGCGUGAUUCACGUCUCAUUGAACAACCGAAGUAAGGGAUUGGAGAAGCUGGUCGACCUCUGUCAUUCUCAUGGCGUUCCGGUACUCGAGGACGCAGCGCAGUCGCUUGGCGUGCGGAUGCAUCCGAGGGCCAAUAAGAACAUUGCGGCGAAGCACCUCGGAACCUUUGGAGACGUGGGCACGUUUUCAUUUUCUAGCCCGAAGAUCAUCUCCAUGGGUCAGGGUGGGCUGAUCGUGACCAACGACGAUAGAGUGGCCGCUCGCCUGAGGAAGAACAAAGACUUCGGACGGGCUCGCCCAGGGGUGGAGGAAUAUCAAGAGUUUGGGGUCAACAUGAAAAUUACAGAUAUGCAAGCCGUUGUGGGAAUCCAGCAAAUGCACAAGUUGGAAUAUCGAAUCCAGAAGAUGCGCGCCAUCUGGGAGACCUACUACGAAAUCUUGGGGAACUACAUGAGUGGCAUCUUGCGAGACGAUCCACUGUGGAUACCGUGGUUCAUUGAAAUUUUUUUGGAAAGCCAGGAGCUCCGUGAUAAGCUGGCGGCAUGGCUGAAGAAGUUGGGUAUUGGUACUCGAAACGUCUACCCAAGCAUACACCUACAGCCAUACUACAGCGAAACGCCUGACGUGGAGCGCGGAAACGCGACAAGAGAACCAGACGCGACAUCCUUUAUCUGUCCGAAUCUGCAGCUCCUAUUGGAACAAAAAAAAAGAGGGAGCGUGGAGACCAUUUUGCGAAAUCAUCAAGCCGAGAAGCCUGUGGCUCGCAAGAUCAUGGAAACGGGCCUGUGGCUUCCGAGUCAGACGAGCCUAAGCACGGAAACGGCGAGACAAAUUGCACUCACAAUCUCGGCUUACCUCCGUACCCCAGCAGCAUUAAAGAUGUGCGCAGACAAGACAAUGGAGCAACGACACCAAGAACUCGAAAGCAGUCGGGGCGCCCUUUUUGGCAGGAAUUAA